AGAAGAACGUCACCCUCGUUUCCGUUUUCUUGUCAGGCCAGUUUCCGGGCCCGCCAUGAUGUUCAGAAGACAACGAGGAGCAACUGAAAGACCGUCGAAAUGGAUGUUAUGGAUUUAAACAACGAAAAUUAUAGUUUAGAAAGAGAAUUACCGUCGUUUUGGAUAAUAAACCUAAGCUAACUGGUUAUUAAAGUGUUUAUUUCCAGUGGCCGUUUUCUAACCAGUUAACUAGUUAGUGUAAAAUAAGGUUAUCUGCGGGUAAUGUUUUUGUUUUCACUGGUAGGUACACGGACCAAGGCCGCAGAUCUCCUUCUCUCAUCGUAGGUCACACAAGGAUCAACAUCGUUUCCUGGGUGGACUGCAACUCCGAAAAGGAUCGUUUGAAGGACUUUAUUUUAUUUGGACGUUUACAUUUUUUUUCUUCCCCCAGACGGAUUGAAGAAGAUUUUUUUUAUUUUUAGGACUUUGCGCCGUUUUACGGCGGAAGAGCGACGCUUACGGGCCUCGCAUGGACUCCUAACCGCGACCCCGGUGCCGCGCUGCUUUCCGCAGCUACAAGGCCCGUUGUUUCCGCGAGAGAGACUCUUACUGACUGUAUUAAUAACCGUGAAAAAAAAAAACUCGUAAUGGACACUUGUGGAACUGUACUUUUUCUUGUUGUUCUACCGGACACUUAAUUAACGAACUGACCGGGUUAUUAAAGACGCUGCUUGCGGGUGUCCCGGUCUGUCACUACUAGUAGUUUGGUGUCUUUGACGCAAACAGCUACAAGGACUAUCUGUGAAUACUUCCUCUUAGUUCAUUGCCUGUUUUCCCUUCGAUAUUAUCUUAUUAUAGAAUAAUCUGGUAGUUUCCCCCCCCUCCACCUUCAGUCUCAGAUCAUAUCUACUACUGGUUAUUGUUAUUUCUUAACUAACGUGUUGUUUUCCCCCUCCUUUGUCUUUUGAGUUUGAGUUUUUUAAGUGAUUAGUUGUGAGAAUGUCGUGUGUUCAUUAUAAAUUCUCGUCCAAACUGGACUACAACACCGUGACCUUUGACGGGCUGCACAUCACCCUGGCCGAGCUGAAACGGCAGAUUAUGGGCAGAGAGCGCCUCAAAGCCACCGACUGCGACCUGCAGAUCACCAACGCACAGACCCGUGAAGAGUACACUGAUGAAGAGGUUCACAUCCCCAAACACUCAUCAGUGAUCGUCAGACGCACCCCCAUCGGAGGGGUCAAACCAGCGGGCAGAACGUUCAUUGUUGACCGUUCUGACAUGGCUGCUGGAUCCUCCAGACCCACCGACUCUUCACCGUCCGUCUCCCUGGCCCAGCUCUCUAAGACUGCCAACCUAGCAGAGGCCAAUGCAUCAGAGGAUGACAAGAUCAGAGCCAUGAUGUCCCAGUCCAACAGUGAAUAUGACCCCAUACAUUACUCUAAGAAGGCCAUAGGACCGCCUCCUGCACAUUACACCUGCUAUCGCUGUGGCAAGAACGGACACUACAUCAAACACUGCCCCAUGCAGAUGGAUAAGAGCGUAGAGGCUCCUAAGCCAAUCAGGACCAGUAAGGGAAUCCCUCAGAGCUUUAUGGUGAAGGCUGAACCAGGAACGAAAGGAGCCAUGUUGACCAGCACUGGAGAAUAUGCUAUUCCUGCUAUAGACGCGGAGGCCUAUGCUCUGGGUAAGAAAGAACGUCCCCCCUUUGUUCCUCGUGAAGCGUCAUCGUCUGAAGAUGAGGCUGAUCCAAUCCCUGAUGAGCUGCUCUGCCCCAUCUGUAACGACCUGAUGAAUGAUGCUGUGGUCAUACCCUGCUGUGGUAACUCCUACUGCGACGACUGUAUCAGGACCAGUCUGCUGGACUCAGAGGAACACACCUGUUUCACCUGCAAACAGUCUGACGUCUCACCUGACGCUCUCAUCGCUAACAAGUUCCUACGACAGGCAGUGAAUAACUUUAAGAAUGAGUCUGGUUACACCAAACCAGCGCGAAACAAAACCCUGCAGCAGUCUGCCCCGCCCCCAGCACGGCCUCAGCCAUUCAGAACCCUCGGCUCACGCCAGCAGGACCCCCUAUUGGCCAACACUCGCCAGCAGGACCCCCUAUUGGCCAGCACUCGCCAGCAGGACCCCCUAUUGGCCAGCACUCGCCAGCAGGACCCCCUAUUGGCCAGCACUCGCCAGCAAGACCCCCUAUUGGCCAGCACUCGCCAGCAGGACCCCCUAUUGGCCAGCACUCGCCAGCAGGACCCCCUAUUGGCCAGCGCUCGCCAGCAGGACCCCCUAUUGGCCAGCGCUCGCCAGCAGGACCCCCUAUUGGCCAACGCUCGCCAGCAGGACCCCCUAUUGGCCAACGCUCGCCAGCAGGACCCCCUAUUGGCCAACGCUCGCCAGCAGGACCCCCUAUUGGCCAACGCCUCUCGCCCCCCAGCCUCCCUCACUCCUCCUGUCGCCCUGACACAAAGCCUGCCCAUUCAGACCCCACCGAUGGGACCGCCUGAGGUGUCAAUCUCUCCUGACCCCGCCCCUGAACCACACCGGGCGGAGCCACGGCACUUGGCCAAUCACAACGAGCCACCGCCUCCAGGUGAGAUGGAGGCGGGGCCUUACAUGGUGUCAGAGCCACCAAUCAGAUCAGCCGACAGCGGACCUCAGGGAUACCACAUGCCUAUGAUUGGUCACCCUCCACCCAUAAGGCCCUCCCACCCAUCAGGUCCACCUCCACAGCCCUCCCAUUCCCACAGAGGAGGACCCAGACCACCUUGGGACAGACCCUACAGACCUCUUUCUGACCACAUCCCCCCCCCACGCCACCCCCUUCCUUCCGCCCCGGGCCCAGCCCCUCAUCUCUACCCGGGCCCUAACCUUUACCACCCUCCCCCCAACCCCCACUCCAUCCCGCCCCAGUCCUACCCCCCUCCAUACUCCACCGGACCCCCUCCCCCUGUUAACUACCCCCCUCAGCCCCUCUACCCACACGGCCAGAUGCCUCCGGGGGUUAAUGCCCCCUGGGUUCCCCCUCCCAACACCCAGCCCCACUCGCUGGGCCCCCCGCCCCUCCUACCCUCCGGACCCCCUCUCUCCAAGGAGGACUUCUACAGACAGAGGAGACUCCAACAGGAACAGGUAACGUCCAAGCUGGAUGAGUUCACUAAAGACUUUGCCAAAGAGCUGAUGGAAUACAGACCUGCUCCCAAGAGACGGAGACGCUCCUACUCCAGGUCUCGUUCCUACAGUCGUUCUCCGUUCAGCCGUUCCCCCUACUCCCGAUCUCCUCGGUCCCGCUCCAGGUCUUACUCGUACACCCCAAGCCGCUCCCGUUCCCGUUCCAGGUCUUACGGACGCUCCCCCUUCUCCAGACGCAACGUUUCCCGGGGAGGACGCAGCCGAUCCUACGGUCGCUCGCCACGGUCCCGCUCACGCUCCCGUUCCUACGGCUACCGUCGCUCCGGCUCUCCUCGCUCCCCUCCGCCUUACCGAGGUGGUGGUGGUGGAGGGGGCUGGGAAGGAGGAGACGGAGCUGAAGGAGGAGGAGGGGGGUAUCGGCCCAGGUCUCGCUCCCCGGGGGGCUACAGGAGGAGCAGGAGUCCUGGAGGGGUUAGAGGUCACCAUAAGCCCCCCCCUCGAGAGCCGGCUCCUUACGAGCCUAAAGGCGGACCUGACCUGUCUCCCGGCGGCAGGGAGCGCUGGGAGAGAGACAGCUACAGACAGUGGGAGAAAGAGUACAGGGACUGGUACAACAAGUACUACAAAGACUACAGUACCCAGCAUGCCUCGGUGCACCACCGCGGUGGCCGGGGCAGCAGAGAGAGGGACCGCCUCACCCCUCCGCCCAGAGACUACUCCCCCCAGGGGCGGGUGAGGAGGGGUGAGAGAGGGGGACCUCCCGGACCCCACAGAACUCACCACGCCUUGUCCGCUCUGCCCUCUGCCUCUGUCAGGGGGGGUGGAAGUAAGGAACGCACGCAGGGGGGAACCAAAACGUCAGAGGGCGGAACUAAAACUCUGAAAGGGAAGAAACUGAAGAAAAAGAAGAAUGGGGAGGAGCUGGAUUCAGCCGACCAAUCGCUGGACAGGGGAGACGCCACACCCGUCAGGGACGAGCCAAUGGAUGAUCUCCACACCCUGACCCCUAGCAAAGCCCCACCCACCUCCACCAAGGUCUCGAGCAAUAAGGCAGCGCUGCUGUCCGGUAAAACCCCUCCCACCUCAUCCGGCCAAUCAGAGAAGAGCAGGAAGGAGAAGGUGGGUAAGGUGAAAGUAAAGAUGGAGGGAAAGGUAAAAGGAGAGAAGGUUAAGAGAAAGACUGGAGGAGAGGCGACGGUCACAGCCUCUAAGAACAAAGAGUCUUCAGCCGCUAAACCAACCAAAGCAUCCAAGGUCAAACCGGACGAGCCAAUCAGGAGAGAGAAGGGGCGGAGCACCCCUACUGUUCGAGGAGGUUUGGCUAAACUCCCCCUGCCCCGCCCCCUCCCCCCUCACCCCCACGACCUCCCUAAACACCUGGGCGACGCCCGGGGGGGAAGGAGAGAUCCCAUUCACAGUGUCGGGGUACGCCCCCCUGGUCGCCCCCUCCAGCCUGCACCUCCCUCCCCAGCAGAGAAGAGGAGGAGAGUGGAGGAGAGGGAAAGGGGGAGGGGGAUGGACAGGGGGAUGGGGGGGCCCCCGGCUAAGCUCCGCCGCGCCGAGGGUCCGUACCCCCAGAGAGGACUUCCUGCCAAGCCUUCCCUCCUCCUGAACCUGGCAUGCAGAGAGUCGGGUAGAGGAGAGGGUCUGCUCCCCAUCCCAGGUUCCUCACAGACAGGGAGGCUAGACCGUUUCCAUCCCAUCUCCAUCUCCAUCCCUGGUUCCUCCAUGGACCUGGGGAGAGAGGGGAGAGGCGAUGGGCUGCUGCCCACCCCAGGGAGCUCUGAGGCGGGCAGAAGAGAGAGUGACAGGGGGUCUAUCUGGCCUCUCAUGGGUCUGCAGGUCAAACCCUUCCCCCAGAGGAGAAUCAAACUGAACAGAGACCUAGGGAGAAACAGCAGUAUGGCCCGCCCAGAGGAGAGACCAGCUCCAGCUGCUAAUAUCACCACCACUAUCACCUCUACUGGAGAGAGACCUGCUGGUCCUGAGAGAGGAGGAGCAGAGAGGGAUGGAGGGACGGAGAGGGUGGCGGUGAUGGUGGAGCGGAGGUCGUCUGGCGAGAGGUCAGAGGUCAGGUCUGUUAGGUCCGAGAGGCCGUUGUCAGGGGAACGUUUGCCGGAGAGAGGAGGAGGAGGAAGGUCAGUCUCUCUAGACCGCAUGACCAUCGCGGAACGCUCGGCCAUCGCUAAGAAACCUGAUGUCACCGGGGAGAGAACAGAGAGCGAGUACACGCCGCCCGCUGAGAGAGAGAGACCAGCUGAGAGCUCCAAGGAGAGAGAGAGACCAGCUGAGAGCUCCAAGGAGAGAGAGAGACCAGCAUCAGCCAAGACGGACAGGUCAUCUUCCAGGGAGAAGUCAGCCACCAGGGAACAGAAAGGAGAGAAGACCUCGUCCUCCGUAGACAGGCCUGCCUCUACAGGGGAGCGAGCGGCAGGGUCCCAGAGAGAGACUGUAGCUGAAGACAGAGUGGUAGUGGUGGUGAAGGAGGGUUCUGGUUCUGGAAAGACCAGAAAGAUCAGCAGAAAGAGUUCUGAGCCCACCACCCACCACUCAUCAGACCACUCUGUCACUUCAACUGGCAGCAGCAGGUCUGAGCCGAGCCAGAGCCAGGGUGCUGUGUCAAAACCCCGGGACCUCCAGACCCAGAGGAGACCCAGUCCCGUCCAGUUCCCCAGCCCAGGCAGGGAGAGGAGGGACCGUGGGACCGGAGGAGUUCUCAUCCAGCCUCCACCCCGGUCCAAGUGGGAGAGAGAGGAGGAGGAGGAGGAAGAGGAGCAGCACUCAGCGUCCAGGGAGAAUGGGGCAUUGGCGGUUUCCUCCUCCGUGCCCAGAGACGCUCUGAGGAGAGAAGUCUCACCAGCACCGCCUAGUGGCCAAGGCAGGGAGGUGCAGGGUAGUGUCUCUAAAACAGCCAACACAGAGGGGAGGAGAGGGAGGGAGGAGGGGACUAGAAGGAGGGAGGAAGGCAGAGGGCUUAAAAAGGGGCAGGUGAACUUUAGAAAACCAGCUAAGACCGAAUCCAGAGGAGUGAAGGAGGAAGGAAGAGGAGGGGUAGGGAGGGAGGAGAGUCGAGGGGCGGGUCCAGAGCCAAGGCGACAGCGUCUGUGUUCUGACCUGGGUAGAGAGACGGACGAGGCAGCCUUCGUCCCCGACUACAGCGAAGGGGAGGGGUCAGACGGGGAGCGGGGCAGUGGCCUGAGCCAUAGCCCCUCUCACAACACCCAGAGCCCCGCCUCCCAGAGCCCCGGCGGCUCCCCUAGCAACCACAGCGGCUCCACGGCGACGGACAAGAAGAAGAAGAAGAAACACAAGAAGCAUAAAAAACACAAGAAGCACAAGAAGCAUUCUGCCGACGUGGAGCCUCCCGUCGAAGGAAGGAAGGAACACAAACACAAGAACAAGAAGAAGAAGCACAGGAAGAAUAAAGAGGAAGAGGGAGGAGGAGGAGGGGAGGCAGAGGAGAAGACUGGGCAGGAGUCAGCCACCAUCUGAGACCCUGCUAGCUCCGUUAGCAUCUAGCUCAUGGUUACAACCUGAGUUUUUCUAGUUCAUGCUAGCUCUUUUAGCAUCUAGCUAAAGACUACAACUGAGACUGCUAGCUCAUGCUAUCUCCGUUAGCAUCUAGCUAAUGGUUACAACCUGAGUUUGCUAGUUUAUGCUAGCUCCGUUAGCAUCUAGCUAAUGGUUACAACCUGAGUUUGCUAGUUUAUGCUAGCUCCGUUAGCAUUUAGCUAAAGGUUAAAACUGGACUAAACCUUCUUGGGGGGGAUACUUUGUCAAAUUCUUUUAAGUACUUAAGCUGAGCUGGAUAUAGUUUGUCUAUAAUGGAACCACUGGAAUAAGUGGAGCUCACCUCAGAUAUUUGUACGUAUUUUGUGUUUUCUGUUAAUGUGAUGCUGUCUCUCUGAUGCAGGUUCUCUGUGAAUGUGUUUUUGUACAAAGAUGAUGCUGCGUUCUAUUCAAUUACCCUGAUCUAUGACUAUAAGGUGUCUGAAACUCUGAAGUGUUCCAAAUUUAACCCUGUUCACUAUAUAGUACACUACAUUUGACCAGAGUCGUAUGGGCCCUAGUCAUUAGAGCCCUUGUCUCAUGAGCCCUAGUCCAAUGGGCCCUAGUUUUGCAGGACUCUGGUCGAAUGUAGUUCACUAUAAAGGGAUUCGAGGUUAAUUUGGGACACCUCCCUGAUGUAUAGUAGGUUAUAUCAUCAUGUUCAUAUGAACUGAUCUGAAGCGGGGCUAACUGAUCUGAAGCCGGGCUAACUGAUCUGAAGCCGGGCUAACUGAUCUGAAGCCGGGCUAACUGAUCUGAAGCCGGGCUAACUGAUAUGAUGCCGGGCUAACUGAUCUGAAGCCGGGCUAACUGAUCUGAAGCCGGGCUAACUGAUCUGAAGCCGGGCUAACUGAUCUGAAGCCGGGCUAACUGAUCUGAAGCCGGGCUAACUGAUCUGAAGCCGGGCUAACUGAUCUGAAGCCGGGCUAACUGAUCUGAAGCCGGGCUAACUGAUCUGAAGCCGGGCUAACUGAUCUGAAGCCGGGCUAACUGAUCUGAAGCCGGGCUAACUGAUCUGAAGCCGGGCUAACUGAUCUGAAGCCGGGCUAACUGAUCUGAAGCCGGGCUAACUGAUCUGAAGCCGGGCUAACUGAUCUGAAGCCGGGCUAACUGAUCUGAAGUCAGGCUAACUGAAUGGUGACUAGUGGAUGUUAGUUAUUAAACUUUGUUUUCCCUUUAAACUUUCUGACUGUUGUCUUUUCAUUUAUAGUUUGGUGAAUAAAACCUAAUGUUUAUUAUCAGAAUA